AGCGGAGGCGCUCAGCAGACCAGUGGGGUGGAGAGAGUGCGAGAGUGCGGUACCAGGUCCGGCCCGCUGCCCCCCGAGAUCCGGUCUCGGCGCCUCUGGCCUCAGAGUACUGGUGCUGCGGGUUGAGGUUCCCAACGGCCGCAAGAUGGAGGAAGGCAGGGACCCAGGAGGCCUGACUAAGGUGGUCCAUCUACUGGUCUUGUCAGGGGCCUGGGGCAUGCAGAUGUGGGUGACCUUCGUCUCAGGGUUCCUGCUUUUCCGAGGCCUUCCUCGACAUACCUUUGGCCUCGUGCAGAGCAAACUCUUCCCUUUCUACUUUCACAUCACCAUGGGCUGUGCCUUCAUCAACCUCUACAUCAUGGCUACACAGCAUGCCUGGGGUCAGCUCACAUUCUGGGAGGCCAGCCAGCUCUGUCUGCUGCUCCUGUGCCUCACACUGGCAGCCAUCAACGCCCGAUGGCUUGGGCCACGAACCACGGCUGCCAUGUGGGCCCUGCACACCCUGGAGAAGGACCAGGGCCUGGGCGGGGAGGUGCCGGGCAGCCGCCAGGGCCCUGAUCCCUACCGCCAGCUGCAGGGGCGGGACCCCAAGUACAGUGCCCUCCGCCAGGUCUUCUUUCGCUACCAUGGCUUCUCCUCCAUUUGCAAUCUGGGCUGCCUCCUGAGCAACGGGCUCUGCCUUGCCAGCCUUGCCCUGAACCUCGGGCGCCUCUAGCCCCUGCUGCCUCCUCUUUCCGGCCUGGGGCCCUGCAUAUCAAUAAAAGCUUUCUUGGAAAUGGCUGCUCUUGUCUUUGGCCUUCGAAACAGGGAGAGAAGGGGACUGGGGUAGAGCUGCGAGCCUCAGUGUCACCAUUCGCAUGGCACAGUGAUAUGGAGUUUUAGCUACUGCAGCCCCUAAGCCCCUCCUGUAAUGGUGCCCAUUGACUGGCCACCUGCUGUGUGUCUGACAUGGCGCUAAGCACUGCACACACUGUCUAUCAUUGUUCUGAUGGCUGGUCUGACCCUAGGGACAGUCAUGUUUCCCACCACAUUGACAUUGGGGGUAGCUGUGUGACUUGCUUUGGCCAAUCAGUUGUGGGCAGAUGCGUCACUUCCAGGCAGAAGUGUUAACAGCCCGUGCAUGAUUCGCCACAUUUUCCCUUCACCAUGGCAACCAGUGUGGGUGAGAAGCAAACCUUGGCUAUUGGGUACCAUGGAGACUGGGGUCCCCUGUUACUGUAGCAUACCCCAGCUUUCCUGACUGAUGCCCUUCUUCUCAUUUCAUCCAUCCACAUGGCAGCCCUUGGUGACAGCUGCUGUUGUUCCCAUGAGGCAGCAGGGUCUCAGAGAAGUGCAGCAAGCUGCUUAAGGUGGGGCUGAGGGUUGAGCACAGGCAAAGCCUGUGCUGUUGUAACUUUGGACCCUCUCCUGCUGGCUGGAAGAUGUCUCAGGCCUCAGCUUGCCCUGAAUGCCAGAUCUUACUGUGUGAUCUCAGGCAGAGAACGGCACCUCUCUGAGUCUUGGUUUCCUUAUCCAUAAAGCCAAAAACCGAACUCAUUGCCUUCGAGUCGAUUCUGAUUCAUAGCAACCUUACAGGACAGAGUAGAACUGCCUCAUGGGGUUUCAAAGGCUGUAAUCUUAAUGGAAGCAGAUUGUCAGGUCUUUCGAAGAACACAGAACAGCUGGUGACUUUGACCUUUUGGUUAGCAGCAGAGCACUUAACCACUGCACCACGAGGGUUCCUUUUAUUCAUAAACCAAAAGCCCAACUAAAUCCACUGCCAUCAAGUUGAUUCCAGCUCAUAGCAACCCGAUGGGACAGAGUAGAACUGCUCCAAAGGAUUUCCAAGGCUGUAAAUCUUUAUAGAAGCAGAUUGCCACACCUUUCUCCCUCAGAGCAGCUGGUGGAUUUGAACUGCCAGCCUUUCAGUUAGCAGCUGAGCGCUUAAGCACUGCACCACCAGGGCGCCUUUUAUCCAUAAAAACCCAAACCCACUGCCAUUGAGUCGAUUAUAGCCACCCUAAAAAAAAAAAAAAAAAAAUUU